ACACAGUUAUCGUUUCACCGUUUUACUAUCAAUAUGUGUAUAAACACAUAAAGUUUAUAGAGUUAAUAAGAAACAACAGCACGCACUUUGUAAGGUUUUUAACGGGCGGUGAAGUUUCUGGCUUCCCUGUGUUCAGUAGAUGUUCAGUAGAUGUUCAGUAGACUGGUGUAAACACACUCCGGGGUUAAUGUGUGAUAAUGUUCUGUUUAUAGAGAUUAUAAAUAUGUUAAUCAUUUAAAAGUAAAUUAUUAAAAUGGAAAUGAGCGAACAAUAAUAUGAGCAAACUGUAAUCAGUACACAGAACCUUUACAUUAAAAACAAUAGAAUUUGUAAUGGUUAUAAUGGGAAUUUAAUUGGUUUUAAUGGAAACUCUAAUGGUCCCUGUCGGUUUCUACUGGAAAUUUGUUACCUUCUGUUGGUGGCAUGUUAUGCCUAGUGGGUACCAUUAAGGACCAAUAAUGGUGUAAUAAUUUUAAGGGCUAACAGCUGAUGGUUUUAAUGUUAUUUGUAGUGGAAACCAUUAGAAUUUUUGUGAUGGUUUCUGUUGUUUUGUGGGUUUUUAUAAUCAACCCAUAGUGCUGGGUGAUGUAUUGAUAUACUAUCGAUAUCGUGAUAAAGGAUUAUGUGAUCAUUUGUUCUGAGAUAUCGUUGUUAUGGUUUUUAAUCAUUACAGAUUAAAUGGUACGGGACGGAUGCUGUUCGUUAGAUGGAAUUUAAAACAUUUUUAAUCUUCUUUGUCUUUGUAUGAGUUUUAAAAAAGUAUCGUGAAUCUCAGUUUAAACACAGACUUUUUUGUGUGUUUAUUUUCCUAAUGUUUUUCAGACAGUGUGUUAGUUUGGUAAGUUAUAUAUCCUGAUCCGCAUCGUGUAUUGUGGAAACGUCCUCGAGUAUCGUUAUAUUUCACUUUUUCAGUCUAAAAUAUUUGAAUCCUCAUUAAACACACGACUGUCACGUAUCAGGCCACGUUUACUGAUAUAUCACGUUUAAAAACAGCUUUCACUGACCGAGGUGUGAGACCAAGACAGUGAAAUACACAGAUAUUUAUGUGAUAAAGCUGUGCUGUGUUUGUAAUUGUUUGAUAUCCAUGAGAGUCGAGGAUUUUUGUGAAUUAUUUUAAUGCUAAUAUUUAAACAUAAAAACAUUUAGUUGCAGCUGAAAACCGUCAACAAAAAUCAGCAGGCUCCAUAAAACCCGAGGACUCGUUUAAGAGCUGUUCAAUUGAAGUGCUUCUAACGUCACAGGAUUUAACACCUCUGUGCCAUGAGACUCUCCGGGUACUUCAUCCGGGCGAGAGAGGAGGAGAAGCGAUGGACAGAGAGAGAGACGGAGAGAGAGAGACCUGCAGCAGCGCUGAACGGAGAGGAAGUGAGAGACUUUUACCAGAGUCUGUUUGAAAACAAGGACGGAGUGAGGAGAACGGAGAGGAGAGACGAGAGCAGAGAUGAGAGGAGAGACGAGAGGAGAGAUGAGAGGAGAGACGGGACGAGAGACGAGAGGAGAGACGAGAGGAGGGCGGAGAGGAGAGAGAGACGACGAGGGAGAGCAGGACGGAGUGAUGGAAAAGGAGGCGGAGCUUGUGAAGGAGGGGUGAAGAGUACUGGAGGUGAGGUGGAGAGCUCGGUCGCGGCGCCCCCCGCAGGCCGUCCUGACGGUUACAGGCUGCUGCGGUGUGCGGAGCAGGGGGACGUACGGGGCGUGGAGGACGUCCUGAGACGAGGCUGUGACGUGAACUUCAGAGACCAGUUUAACUGGACCGCGCUGAUGAGCGCCUCGUACUCCGGCAGAACCGACACUGUCCGAGUCCUGCUCCACAGGGGGGCGCUGUGGAGAACAAUCACUGACUCACAGGGGAGGGAUGCACGUGAUCUGGCUCGUCUCGCUGGUCAUCACGAUGUCGUCACUGUACUGGAGCAAUUCAGCUUCACACAGAACUCACACGCCUCACACACACCUGCUGACCCAACACACAGCUCCCCUCGCCCUCAGUGGUGUGAGGUGUGUGAGGUGUGUUACACAGACAGCGCACACACACACACCUUGUCCACGCUGCACCAGUUCAGCCUGAAGCGUCCUCCGUCGCUCCCUCAUUACUGUCUCACUCCCUCCAGCGUAGGGUACAAGGUGAUGCUGCGUUUGGGAUGGAACCCUCACUCCGGCCUCGGUCCCGAACACUCGGGUCGCCGCAACCCCGUCGGCACCGUGUUCAAAUCCGACACGGCCGGCCUCGGGUUCGGGCCCGCGCCCAGGUCAAAGGUCACGCACUUCAAGGCCAACGACGUGCAGGCGGUCCGCAGGGCGCCUAAAAGACGAGAGGAGAGACAGGAACGAGGGACAACGGUCAGUGCUAAGGUCAGGAAGAGGACGGAGGAGAGGCAGAGACAGUGGGAGAGAGAUUACCGCUCCUCCUUCAACAUCCACUCAUGACCUUUCACCUCUGCUGCUGCAGUCAUUGCCCUCUAGUGGCGUGAGACAUGACAAACUGUUUACUUGAUCUGUUUCAUUACAUUACUUUGUCACUAAGGUUUCUCUAUCUCACACUGUAAAUGUGCUUAUUUUUAUUUUCUACUGAUAUUAAUGCGAUAAAACACCAAAAAUAAACCGGAACCCUCCUUAA